CGGCGAGGGGGGAAGCGCGCAUGCGCGUGAGCCUCAGUCCCUCCGUCCGCUUCGGGCCAGCCAGCGGGGGCGGGGCCGGGCGGAGAGCGCGGCGCGUGCGCGCGCCCGAGGAAGCGCGGCGCGAGCGCGCACGGGCAGGAGGACGCGUCGCGAAAGUUGUGUCUGGGACUCGCCUGACGGAGCGGAACGGCCAGCCCGCCGCCCGGACGGACGCCUGCCUGCUCGCCCGCCCGCCCCGGCUCCCGCCCCUCCCUCCCAGCAACAGAGCUCAGAGGCAGAAUCUGGCAUGAUACCAUGGAAGGACAACACAACCAUCCGCAUCAUCUAGGGGACCAGAACAACCCACUCUGUAAAGUGACGAGUCCGGACUAUCCGCAUGAUGCUCAACAGCGGCAUCUGGCAUCGUACCCGUAUCGUUGCACCUUAGCGGACUUUCAGAUAGAGAAGAAAAUUGGACGAGGACAAUUCAGUGAAGUCUACAAAGCAACUUGCCUUCUGGACAGAAAACUAGUGGCAUUGAAGAAAGUGCAGAUAUUUGAAAUGAUGGAUGCCAAAGCUAGACAAGAUUGCAUUAAAGAAAUAGACCUUUUGAAGCAGUUGAAUCACCCCAACAUCAUCAAGUACUUGGAUUCGUUCAUUGAGGACAACGAGCUCAACAUUGUGCUGGAGCUGGCCGAUGCCGGCGACCUCUCUCAGAUGAUUAAGUAUUUUAAGAGGCAGAAGCGGCUGAUCCCAGAAAGGACGGUGUGGAAGUACUUUGUGCAGUUGUGCAGUGCUGUCGAACACAUGCACUCCCGCAGGGUGAUGCACCGAGACAUCAAGCCAGCCAACGUGUUCAUAACGGCCACCGGCGUCGUGAAGCUGGGCGAUCUGGGCCUGGGCCGCUUCUUCAGCUCCAAGACCACUGCUGCACAUUCCUUGGUGGGAACUCCCUACUACAUGUCUCCAGAGAGAAUACAUGAAAACGGCUACAACUUUAAGUCCGAUAUCUGGUCUUUGGGCUGCUUAUUGUACGAGAUGGCAGCUCUGCAGAGUCCCUUCUACGGCGACAAAAUGAACCUGUUUUCUCUCUGCCAAAAGAUCGAGCAGUGCGAUUACCCGCCGCUUCCCACAGAACAUUAUUCGGAAAAGUUACGGGAGCUGGUCAGCAUGUGCAUCUACCCGGACCCCGACCAGAGGCCCGACAUCAGUUACGUGCACCAGCUAGCGAAACAGAUGCACGUGUGGACGGCAAGCACUUGAAGAGGCAUGGCUGCUGGCCUGGGUGCUCCACGGAGAGCCACCCCAGCGUAGUCUUACUUGAACCUUCUGUCUCGGACGCCGCAGACGCCACCACCACGAGGUGCCUUGCCCAGCUCCAGCGGGAGCCUCGAGCCUUCCUCGGAAGACGCUUUGCGGCUUCUGCCGCCCACUUGCGGGGGUCUCCGCUCUCAGGAGGGCAGGCGGGCAGCAGCAGCAGCUGCCAGUGUGUCCCUCUCAAAGCCCACCCCAUGUUACAGGCGUAGAUCACUUGCGAUCUUUUCUUCAAACUGUUGUGUGUAAUCUAGGUUAGGCUACCGUAGCGAGGGCUUCUCAUGGUGUGUUUGAUGCACCCCCUUGCCUCUUAACUAAUGUGAAAUAUUGAAACAAUUCCUUUGGUGAAAUCACUUUAUACUAAUGUAAGAAUUACAGUAGAUUUUGUGUCAUUUGUAUAACUGCUCCUUUGCCUCUUCUGCAAAUUUUGGUUAAUAGCAAAUUCAGUUUCUAGUUCAUAUAUAUAUAUAUAUUUUUAAAAGCAUCGAGCCUGGCGUUUAUGUACUUCCCUCCUUUGCAAGAAUAGGGUAUGGUGAGGGAACAUGUUUGAAGACCUUGUGUUGUUGUUGUUGUUGUUUUUUAAAUGAAACUUUAGGUUGAGUAUCUUGCAAUGCAUUUUGUUAAAUAUGGCUGCAGUCAGUGAGGACUCAAACCAAAGCUUGUGUGUGUGCGUGUGCCAGCGCUUCUGCCUGACACAAAUCCUGUGAGACUCUCAAUAGCCAUUUCUAUAUGACCAGUGUUACUGUCAGAAGUUUGGGAUUAGGGGAAGAGCCCGGGGGGGGGGGGGGGGCAGGGGCCUGCAGCCACCUUUUGUGACCUUCUAGAAGCAGUGUUUUAAAGAUGGUGUCGGGGUUGUUAUGUGGCGUAGGAAAUAAGGCAAGUCACAAAGUCAUUCUGACCAUCUCCCACACUUCUCUACUGUGAAAACUCAUUAUAAAUGUGAAUAUUUUAAACAAGCUGAUUUGAAGGAAAUCUAUUAAGGUUAACUGAAAUUUACAUGUACUUUAAGUCUGCCAAAUUAGCUCACGGAGUUGGCAGUUCCGAUUCUGGUGGCCACAGGAAGAGUGUGGCGCUUUCCAAGGCGCUGCUCUCCCAUCUGUGCACUUGCUGGCAGUGGGCGCACCCCCUGCUGACCUCCCCAGACAGUGAAGGCAGCCCAGGGUCUUCUACAGUUCUGCACUGAUCUGCUUACCAAACUCUCUUUGGGGGGGGUGGGGUGUGUGUGUGUGUGUGUGUGUGUGUGUGUGUGUGAGACCUCUCUUCCUCCUCACCCCCCCCCCCGGUGCUGCAGGCUUCCUCUGAGCCACGCAACCUGGUCUUGGUGUGCAAGAUGGAAUAUGUCUCUGGCUGUUGGGAAGCUCCCUGUCAUUGGUGGGUCUGCUCCAUCUGGUCUCUUGCUUGCUCCUUAAGAUCUAUUAGCACUUCAGUAAAUGUAUUUCCAAAGAAAUGUCUGCCAUUGUGCAUUUUUAGCUAAGGUUUAAAGGAUUUACAAAAUAAAUAGAUUCCUUUGUAAAAAGAAACAA